AUGGCAGCCCCCGGCUCCCCGGCAGAGUGCGGCUACAUCCGGACAGUCCUGGGCCAGCAGAUCCUGGGGCAGCUGGACAGCUCCAGCCUGGCUCUGCCCUCCGAGGCCAAGCUGAAGCUGGCGGGGAGCAGCAGCCGCAGCAGCCAGGCGGCCAAGAGCCUGCGGAUCCAGGAGCAGGUGCAGCAGACCCUGGCCCGGAAGGGCCGCAGCUUGGUGGGCAACGGAAAUCUUCACCGAACCAGCAGUGUUCCUGAGUACGUCUAUAACCUGCACUUGGUUGAAAAUGAUUUUGCCGGUGGACGUUCUCCUGGUACUAAAACCUAUGACAUGCUAAAGCCAGGCACCACUGCCACUUAUGAAAAUCGCUGGGGGAGAGGAACCGCACAGUACAGUUCACAGAAGUCAAUGGAAGAACGAUCCUUGAGGCAGCCUCUGAGGAGACUUGAGAUUUCUCCAGACAGCAGCCCUGAGAGGAUUCAUUACUCACACAGUGAUUACCAGUACAGCCACAGAAGCCAGACCGGGCACACUUUGCGGCACCAAGACAGCAGGAGAUCCACCCUCCUUCUGCCACCUAGAUAUGCUCGUUCCGAGAUUGUUGGUUUCAGUCACUCUGCAGCCAUGAGCAAACAUCGCCACUAUGACACCUACCACAGACAGUACCAGUACGGCUCUGUUAACGACGCCGUUUUUGACCCUGUUCCCGUCAACCCGGUGGUGCUCACAUACCCCAGGCCCGGGACCAGUCACAGCAUGGGCAACCUUUUGGAGAAAGAGAACUAUCUGACUUCAGGGCCUGCCGCUGGGCAGGUCAGGCCACUGGUGCCCCUGCAGCCUGUCACUCAGAACAGGGCUUCUCGGUCCUCCUGGCAUCAGAGCUCCUUCCACAGCACUCGCAUGGUGAGGGAAGCCGGGCCCAGUGUCACUGUGGAUUCAGGCGGGAGGAGGACACACAUGACUGUUGGCCAAGUGGCAGCAGGUGGAGGAAGUGGGAACAUGCUCACAGAGAGAAGCGCUUUCACCGACUCCCAGCUCGGGAAUGCAGACGUGGAGAUGACUCUGGAGCGAGCAGUGAGCAUGCUGGAUGCAGACCACACACCAGCACCCAGAAUUUCUGCGGCAGCUACUUUCAUACAGCACGAGUGCUUCCAGAAAUCUGAAGCACGGAAAAGGGUUAAUCAGCUUCGUGGCAUCCCCAAGCUUCUGCAGCUCCUAAAAGUUCAGAAUGAAGAUGUUCAGCGAGCCGUGUGUGGGGCCCUGCGAAACUUGGUAUUUGAAGACAAUGACAACAAGUUGGAGGUCGCUGAACUCAACGGGGUACCUCGGCUGCUCCAGGUGUUGAAGCAAACUAGAGACUUGGAGACUAAAAAGCAAAUAACAGGUUUGCUGUGGAAUUUGUCAUCUAAUGACAAACUCAAGAAUCUCAUGAUAACAGAAGCCUUGCUCAUCCUGACUGAGAAUAUCAUCAUCCCCUUCUCUGGUUGGCCAGAAGGAGACUACCCCAAAGCAAACGGUUUGCUCGAUUUUGAUAUAUUUUACAACGUCACAGGAUGCUUAAGAAACAUGAGCUCAGCAGGCCCUGAUGGGAGGAAAGUGAUGAGAAGGUGUGAUGGACUGAUCGACUCACUGGUUCAUUAUGUUAGAGGAACCAUUGCAGAUUACCAGCCAGAUGACAAGGCCACGGAGAACUGUGUGUGCAUUCUUCAUAACCUCUCCUACCAGCUGGAGACAGAGCUCCCAGACAGAUACUCCCAGAGUAUCUAUAUUCAAAAUCGGACUAUCCAGGCCGACAACAACAAAAGUAUUGGGUGUUUUGGCAGUCGAAGCAGGAAAAUAAAAGAGCAAUAUCAGGACAUGCCAAUGCCGGAAGAAAAGAGCAACCCCAAGGGUGUGGAAUGGCUGUGGCAUUCCAUCGUGAUAAGGAUGUAUCUGUCCUUGAUCGCCAAGAGUGUCCGAAACUACACUCAGGAAGCGUCUUUGGGAGCUCUGCAGAAUCUCACAGCAGGAAGUGGACCAAUGCCAACAUCAGUAGCUCAGACAGUUGUCCAGAAGGAAAAUGGCCUGCAGCACACCCGGAAGAUGCUGCAUGUUGGUGAUCCAAGUGUGAAAAAGACAGCGGUCUCCCUGCUGAGGAAUUUGUCUCGGAAUCUGUCUUUGCAGAAUGAAAUUGCCAAAGAAACUCUACCUGAUUUGGUUUCCAUAAUUCCUGACACAGUCCCGAGUACUGACCUUCUCAUUGAGACUACAGCCUCUGCCUGCUACACAUUGAACAAUAUAAUCCAAAAUAGUUACCAGAAUGCACGGGACCUUCUAAACACUGGGGGCCUGCAGAAAAUCAUGACUAUCAGCUCAGGCGAUGUUUAUGCCUCCAACAAGGCAAGUAAAGCUGCUUCUGUUCUCCUCUAUUCUUUGUGGACGCACACGGAGCUCCAUAAUGCCUACAAGAAGGCUCAGUUUAAGAAGACAGAUUUUGUCAACAGCCGGACUGCCAAAGCCUACCACUCCCUUAAAGACUGA